UUUUUUUAUUUAUUUUUUAUUCCAAAUGCACCAUGUGCUUCUUUAUACAACUUUUUAUUUUACUUGGAAAAUAUCACAUUCAUAGUUAGCACUUAAUAUUUCUGUAUAUGGCCAAAUCAUUCACAAAAUCAUACAUUAAGGAAUGUUUACGCUCAGGCUCGAAGCGUCUAAGCCAAUAAGAUUUGCUGAAUUAUCAACCAAUGAAAUUGUGCCCCGCCCCUUCGUCCAGAACGCUUGGAAUCGUGAAUCGUGGAACGCGUUAUUGUGACGUCACAGUGCGCGCAGCCGCUUCAUAAAUCGAGUCAGUCGAAACUCUUUGUCAGAGUUUAAAGCUGCUCUUUGGUCUCUUGCGAUCGAUCUGUAGUACUGAGUGUUACAAGUCUACCGCUAGAACCAACAGGCAAAUACAGUGUUCACAGCUCGUUGAGAUGGAGCAUCUGGCGACUGUUACAUUGGACACUAUGUUUGCCAACUUUCCACUGGAGCUGGAAAGCUGCAGCAGCUUGGACUCAUUCGAGGACGCUCAAGUUGAGCCGCUGAGUGGCGCUGUGAAGCCGGCUGACAGAAAGGCCUGCAGUAGCAGCUGCCAACAGCUCCCGACAGAGGCGCCUCGACCACCGGCUGUCCCUACAGUCGCCUGGGAGGACGAUUCAACAGAAAAGCACACACAAGGGAGGAAGUCUAAGAAAGAAUCCAUCCAAACCCAGGAAGAAACCCAAGUGUGUGCUUUUGUGCCUGAGGAUCCAUCGCAGGAGCUUCCACACACAUCCGGCGUGGAUCCGACGGGCACAGAUCCGCGGGAGUCUGAGCCAACAGACAAAAAGCGCACAAAAUGGAGGAAAUUCCUUGCUGGCCUCCGGAGAGCGUGGAAGUCGAUAAAAGGAUCCUUCCAAACCCAGGAAGAAACCCAAGUGUGUGCUUCUGUGCCUGAGGAUCCAUCGCAGGAGCUUCCACACACAUCCAGAGUGGAUCCGACAGGCACAGAUCCGCAGGAGUCUGAGCCAACAGACCGAUCCUUUGAAUCUCUUUAUGAUGUGGUAAAGAAACUGAAGUCGAGACGUGGUGUCAGUUAUCAUCUAGGAUUUCGAAACUCCGAUGACAAACGAGUAUUGAUCAAAUUUAUUAAGAAGAACCGGCCUGAGAAACUAGUGGAAUUGCCUGGGUAUUCCAACCCUUUAAGUAAAGAGGCAGCUGCAAUGUUGAUGGUGCAAAAGCCUCCAACUAGCGAGCAUCUCGUACAACUUAUAUGA